AUGAGUUUCUGGGUGCCUCAGGUGAGAGGCUGAUACCAUUCGUGUUGCAGGACCAGGUUGAGGAUGAAAGUAAGAUGUCGGAAGACAUGCUCUUGAAUUUUCAAGACUCUCGUUUCGGUUCCGUGCUGUUUUCGGUGGUGGUUUGAAAUGGUUCACCAACGGGACGGAUUCAAGACCAGGGUCUUCAGCGUGCCGGCGGUCAUCAUCGACAACGGCUCCGGGCUGUGCAAGGCCGGGGUCUCGGGAGAGGUCGGUCCGCGGCACGUCAUCGCCUCCAUCGUCGGCUGCCCCAAGAGCAAGUUGUCGCUUUCCCGAGCCAGAGAGAGAGAAUGUUACGUCGGGAACGAGGCUCAAGACCGGCGAGAGACUCUCUCGUUGCGAUACCCCAUCGAGAACGGCAUCAUUAUGUCGUGGGACGAUAUGGAGCAGGUCUGGAAGCACAUCUACGACAAAGGUUUAGGAAUCAAAGCCUUCGAGAGGCCGGUGUUGAUGACUGAGUCUCCGCUGAACCCAAAGGAGGAUAGAGCCAAAAUUACUCAAGUGAUGUUCGAACACUUCAAAGUCCCGGCUUUUUACCUCUCUAUCGCGGCCAUAUUGUCUCUCUACGCGUCCGCACGUUACACCGGGAUCGUCAUGGACAGCGGCUUUGGGGCAACUCACGUGGUACCCGUCUACGAGGGAUAUUGUUUACCCCACGCUGUCACCAGGCUAGACAUCGGUGGUCGGGAUAUCACCGAAUUCCUCCGAAACCUGCUUCUCGACAAGAGACACUACUUCAGGAUUUUCCCAGAAGGCCACAACAUUGUGGAAGACAUCAAAGUGAAGUUGUGUUUCGUGGCUCCGGAUGCAUUCGGACGUUCGGAGGCCUCCGUCAAGGAGUACCAGCUCCCGGACGGGAACCGGAUCAAAAUCGACGAGCCGCUCUUCCUCGCGCCGGAGAUCCUUUUCACGCCCAGCAACGUCAACCGAGGCGGGUACGGGAUCCACAAAAUGAUCGCCAAGAGCAUCAAGAAGUGCGACCCCAGCGUCCGAAACGCGCUCUACGGGAACGUCUUGCUCGCCGGAGGCUCCUCGCUGUUUCCCGGGUUGGACGAGAGGGUCUUCAAAGGGCUCGAGACGCAAGUGCCCCAAGGCGUCCCCAUCAAGGUCAUCGCCCCACCGGAUCGGUGGUUCUCCACGUGGAUCGGGGCCUCCAUCGUGACGUCGCUGAGCACCUUUAAGCAGAUGUGGGUCACCGCCGCCGACUACAGAGAAUUCGGGCCCAACAUCGUGCACAGGCGGUGCUUUUGAAGAGGAUUCGGGGACAGGAGAAGAAUUGACGAGAAGUAAGAGCUUAGAGGUAGUUCGAAAAUGAUACGUUUGCCUCUUUGAAAGGGUGAAAUAAAAAUGCUUUUACGUGGGA